UAAAAUAUGCAUUGUUAAUUUAAUUAUAUUAACAAGCAAAGAUAAAUAUUUACUAUUAUAAAUAUUAUAACUUGCCAAACAUUAAUGCACCUGUUAUGCGCGCAUAUUUCUAUCGUCAGUUUUUCGUAUCAGUUUCUCACAUACAGCCAUAAGUCCUUGUUAUCGAUAACAGGUUUAUCUACCACAUCGAUAGUAUCAGAUUACAUGAUACAUUUGAUAUAACUUUACUGUACAAAAAGAGAUCAUUUUAAUCUUUGAUUGUCUAACCGAUACAUAAUUCGCAAAAUAAUGUACUACUUUUUCGUGUUCAUGUUUUGAUAUUUUUUAAAUACACAAUAUAGAUAAAUGUAUGACAAUUAAUCAAACAAAAUUAUUUAAAAUAUAUAAAGACAAGGAACAUGAUUUUUGUUUGCGAUAAAUGACUAAAAGUUAAAAAGAGUAAAAUGUAAUAAUAUAAUGCUAUUUAUAAGAAAAUUUAAAUACUUCGUUUAGGUUGGUUCCGAUUGGUUCUAACACGCUGUGUAACCAAAGAUAAUGCGUAAGCGCACUUAUUACAACCAUGCGCUGAAAGCGUGUACAGUUACAGUAGUUGUUUAUUUAGUUUAUAAUUUAUUUUUUCUUUUAGAAACUAAACACAAAUAAAAGCUCAGUAGAGCUAUAACCGUUGCUAACAUCGGAGAAUUUUAAAAAUCUUCAACAGUAGUAUCAGAAGUCAGAAUUUUUUAAGAUUCGAUGCAACUAUUUAUUGUGUGCGGUGUUAUAGAGAGCAUUUGUGCAAGUUAUUUCAUAUAUCAACUAUAUGAAUAUUCAUUCCUUACUCCCAGUAAUGUAUGCGGUUCAGCGAUAACGUUGCUAUUGAUGGGUCUGAUAACGUGUAUGAUAGGCUGGUGUGCUUGGCAAUUCUUAGAUUUCACGAAUACUGGUCAAGUCAUAAUUUUUUCCAUAGCUCUAACUAUUAUAACGAUCACCAAUACGAGUGCAGGAAUUUGGACGCUUAUUAGACAUGAACAGGUAGAUCUGUUACCAGCUGCAGAUAUUGAACAGAUAUUCCAACGUGCCGUUUCAGACGAUAAAUCUGUUUGGGAUCACAUGCAAUCCAAGUUGCAGUGCUGUGGAAUAAACGGACCAACUGAUUAUCAUCGCCAAGAUGCAAUUCCCUGGUCUUGUUGUGAUACGACGUCAAUUGCAAAUACUAGCCAUAAUAAAGGUGUAUGUACUACGAUGUAUGCAAGAGGUUGCCAACAUAUAGUACUGAACCGUACUAGAUCAAUCUUACUUCAUAUUUUCUUACUUGCGCUAUGUACAGUGUUAUUACAGGUUUGUUUCGUUAUAUGCAUGUGCUGCUACGUAAAAGCUUGUCGUGAAAGAUUAGAAAGAAGAAAGGAAUUGAUGAGCAUUUCGCAAUUAUCUGCACGAGCAUCAAAAGAUUUAGGAACAAAUGAUAAUCUUCUUAGCCAACAGUUGAAAUAUUCCAAAACAACGCCCGAUAUUUGACUAUUAAUGUUGCGAAAUAUUUAUAAGAAAUCAUUGUAUUUCGCUGUGCGUUAUGCAUCUACAUUUUAUUUUCAUCAUAAAAAUACGUAUUUUAUACCGGUACCUUAUUUUAGGACCUUAUAUUCGUAUGUAAAAAUAUUCAAUAUCACAACAAAUGCCAAUAUCAUUAGAUGUUAUAUAAUAUUUUUAUCAAAUGUCAUACCAGUUAAUAUUCUGCCAUUUUAAUAAACACAGAGUUCCUU